GGGGCCAAGGAAGCAGCGACAGAAAGAUGGCGUCCCCGAUCGUGGAGCUCGAGUCGCUUGAGAAGACGUUGGGAUUUCGGACACGAAGCAAACUGGCGCAAAGCAAGAGCGAUAGUUCGGUCCCUGUACUACAGACUAAUAAUGGUCCUGGUUUAGUGGGGUUGACUACCAUUGCAUCCCAUCUUGUAAAAGUGGCCAAAAAAGAGGCACUCUUGGGAAGCACAGCAGAGGAGAGUGCUAUAGUUCAGCAGUGGCUCGAGUAUAGAAUCACUCGAAUAGACAGUUGUAAUAGUCAAGAGGAUAGAAGAAUUGUUUUAAAGGAACUCGAUUGUUACCUUGAAGAUAAAGUAUACCUUGCUGGAAACAGCUUGACAUUAGCAGAUAUCAUGGUGUACAAUGGUCUUCAUCCUGUCAUGGCUGAACUAAACCACGAGGAGCGAGAGAGAUGUGUAAAUGUUUCAAGGUGGUUCAACCACAUCCAGCACUGUCCUGGUGUCCGACAACAUUCUGCUGCGAUCGUCUUCAUGAGGAACAGGCUCUAUCCUACCAUCCACUAGGAAAGCUGCAUAUGGUCUUCAUGAGUCAUGCUGAAUUGGAACAUCCGCUUGUCAGAAUUGAAGUAGAGAAGGUUGACAUGGGCACAUCUUCUGAUUCUAGCACACAGCAGAACAUGCCUGUUGUUCUUUUGUCUGCUUGCUGUGUUUGGUUUUGGUGAAAACAUGACAUACAGCAAAUUAUUUUUAAAAUUCCAUUUGCAUUUUUAUUUAACUCAAAUUAGGUUCAGGUGUCAACGUUACAGGCUUUAUUGUGCUACCAUUUCUGUUUUAGUAAAUCGUGUUUAAAAUGGUUAUGCAAAGUUAACAUGAGUCUUAUUUCUGAGCAGAACCUUGUCUAUUUUACAAAGUGUGUUGUUGGUUUACUUCAGGCACUAAAUAACUUAGAAGUCUCUGAAUAAUAAUUCCGGUUGGUGAAGGCAAGUGUCUGGAAAUCAAAUGUUUAGGCUGAAUUUUUAAGUGCCACUCCACUAAGUGGAGUGAAAAUAUGGUGAUGCUUUUGGUGCAUAAUACUGAAGAAAGAUCGAAACACUUUUAACUGUUACCUAAUGCCGGCAAUGAAAAUACAUUAACACUUGCUCUGGAGUUUUCUGUUUAAUUCUGGAAAAUGAAUGUGUGCAUUGAACGUAUUUUUCUAAAUGUUUCAACCAGCCAUAGCACUUUUUUUCUCAUUGUGACUUAAGUUCCAUAACCAACAAAUGUUUUUGCAAGCUUUUGAAAUUAUUUUAAAAUAUGUUGUUUACAUCAUUUUACUCUAAAAUUUGUGGAAAAGUGCCAAUUCUGAAGAACAUGUCAAAGAGUGCCAGCAACCUUAGCUUGACUGUGAAGAUUCCUACUCAUGUGCAGCUAUAUCAUUUGACUAUAUAGUGGUAAUCUCUUGGAGUGUGUCUGCAGCAAAUUUAUCAAUAUUUAUUGAUGAGUAUUCGGAAUUCAUUCUCUAUGUGAAAAUAAAUCAUUAAAGUUGAACAAUGUUUGCAUCAUGAGUGUGAAAGACAUAUCAAGCUGGAUUUUCAUGUACAAUGGCACAUGUUUUAAGCUAAGUACUCUUUCAACUUAAAUUUAACUCACCAAUUUUCACUUCAUAGUUUCACAGUUCUUUGGUGCAGAAUCGUCCUUAGAGAGGGCAAAUCUAGGUAGCUACUGAGGCCCUGUGUUUUGAAGGAUCCAUUCUGGAUCAAAAACAUCUGGGAGGAACUAGAAGGGUGACAUUUUGAAUUGGUGACAUUAAUUUGGUGAAUGGACAGAAAAGCCAUGAGGAGAAGAUAUCUAGAGCUUGGCACACAAUGUGAGUUAGCCUGAGUUGUGGGCAGCGUCCAAGGCUCUGCAACCUCCCGUGGACAACUCUGCUUUUGUGGAUGGUAUUAUCAAUUGAGAGCAGCAAUUCAAACUUUGCCCUUUAAAACUAAUGGUUAACCAAUCCCCAACUUGUUUUAGUCAGUUGGUUGGAUGGCUGGCUGGCUUCGAUGAAGGGCUGUGCCAACAGCACAAGUUGAAUUCCUAUACCAGCUGAAGUUCCCAUGAAAGUCCCGCCUUCUCAACCUCUCUGUCUGGGGUGUAGUGACCCUCUGGAUAAUGAGAACAGCUCUGUAGUCUUCCAGGACUAUGGUGAUUUGACAUACUAAUAAAAUAGCUGUUGAAAUAAGCUUUGUAAGUGGCCAUUUUAUAGAUCUGGUGGAGAAGGGCUCUUUUUGAGGCUUGUCAUAAUUUAGUUAUAGCGGUGUACCUGGCAUGUGCCCUGGGGAAGACAGAACAGGAAUUCCUUGCAGUUUAUCUACUCUGUCCCAUACCUCCACGCAACAUUUAUUCUAGUAAAAGAAAGCCAAGUAGACCUACACACCAGAGAAGUUGGCCAUUUUGGUUUUUGCCUGUUUUAUUGACCACGUCCUCCACCCUAUCACGAUGUCCUUCUAUUCCUUUUUCUCUCAUAUACUGUGCAUACUUUAUUUUCCCUUCAAGAUUCUAUUUGCAUAAUAGCAAAUUAUGGGUCUUUGGAUAAGUUCUUAAUCAGGAUCAAAUAGAGUAAAUGUCUUUUUUUUUUAAAAAUCAAUAAAAAUCCGAUUAAACCUCCAGCCCAACCACACAAAGUGAACUGCACAGAUCUUUACACAAACAACACAGGCUUGGCUGAGCUUUGACAACACCUGCCUAAUCUUUUUGUUUCCUGCAUUUUGAAUGGGAAUGAUUAUGCAACAUUCAUCAAUAGAAUUACUGCAAAGUUAUGGAAAGACCACAUCUUUUUUUUUGGUUGUGGACUGGAAUGGGUAAAGAACCUUUUUAAAAAACAUUGAUUUUAUUUUGAAGGAUUUUUGAAAUCAAGCGGCUUGACUCAGUUUAAGUGCUCCUUACACAGUUGCCUGUUCACACAGUGGAGGGGAGCAUUGUUUGCAGGUAAGAUGGAACCAAGUUGUGUGUACAAAUGGACCUUUGGUUGACAACUGGUAGAAAAUCAGCCUGAGGUCUAGGAACCAGUUAUUAAUGGUAAUGACCUUCUGCCUGCAACAAACAUGUUGUUUGAUGUCUGGGGGAAAAGACCAUAAGACAUAGGAGUGGAAGUAAGGCCAUUCAGCCCAUUGAGUCCACUCUGCCAUUCAAUCAUGGCUGAUGGGCAUUUCAACUCCACUUACCAGCAUUCUCCCUGUAGCCCUUAAUUCCUCGUGACAUCAAGGGUCUGUUUCUGCCCUACAUUUAAAAGGAAGUGAAGCCUGGAGGUAGCAGUUGGUUUUUAUCCAUCAGCAGUUGCUAUAAGUUGUGGCUUUUAACUGUGAGUCUGAGAUUUUAUAAAUAUAAACUAACCACCAUGUACCUUCUACAAGCAAAUGAAAGUAUCUGGAGAAAGGGAAUCUAGGAACAUCAUGUGUUGUCGAGCCAAAAGGACGACCUUGGUUAGAGACAAAAAAAACCUGCAGAUGCUGGAAUCCAAGGUAGACAAGCAGGAGGCUGGAAGAGCACAGCAAACCAGGCAGCAACAAGAGGGGAGAAGUUAGCAUUUCUGGUCUCAGCAGACUCUAUGAACAGGGAACAUUUAAAUCUUCCCGGUGUUACCUUUUUGUCGAUUAAUUCCUUUUCUUUAACUCUAUGUAGAGUUUGAAUUUUAUAUAUCAAUGAUUCAUAAUUGUUUAUCUGUGGAUUGA